GAUUCAAACGCAAGGCAAUCUGCAAACGUGCAAUGGUUGGAUUAUUAAAUCCAAUGAAAUAUGGCGAUCAUUUUUAUGAGUUAUACACAAGCAAUACACGCAGAAAGUUGCAAAAUGAACGAAAGGCACUCACGAAACGCAAGAGUCGCAAAGAGAAAUCUGCAGCAGCGAUGGCAGCGGCGGCUGCUGCUGCCGUCCUGGAGGGCAAUGCCGGUGCUAUUGUUAAUCCACUAGAUCCGCCACUAGUGAAGGAUCAAAUGCUUUUCUUUCCGGCCUUUCCUGUUGCACACAUUGAACUGGAUCCAAAUGCCUCAAAAUUUGCCGUAUUCUCGGCUAUACGUUCAACUGUGUUGGAAGCUGAAACCCGUUAUGCCCUCUUCCAUGAGGGUAGUGGAAGUGCUUUAACUUCAGCUGCUGUUAAAAAAUGGGGCGUUGGGUAUAUGGAUUCUUCCUGCUGUCUCGUCUGUGCCGGCAGCUGUAUGGUAAGCAAUUUAGUUGAUUGCUCCUGUCAUGCAGCUAUGGGUGCGGGCGGAGCAGGCAUCGCUGGUGGCGGAGGCGGUCCGGGUGGUGGUGCUGGUGGUGCUGCUGCUGCAGCAGCACAGUCAGAGAAACGGGUGCGUCGCGAUUCUGCCAACAGUGAUGCAGAUUCAGACACGGAGGAACCCACGGAACGUGAACCGGUAUAUGCAACAGUUCCGCUAAUUGUGGGCGCUGGCCUUCGCAGUCUCUUCGAGCUAAUUGCCGAUGCGCGUCACAUUCAGCCACUGUUGUGCACCAAGGCGCUCAAGGCUCUGCUGGAUGUCAUACAGGGUCAGCAGCCGGAAUCUUUUAAGCUGGAGCCGGAGGAACUUAUCAAUCCGCUCUAUGAUUUGCUGCUAGACUUGGCAACCAUGCCGGCAGCCCUCAGCUCCAGCACUGGCGCUGAAGCCAAUUGGUCAGCCAUGGCCUGUUCUGCACUUCUGGGUCUCUGCAUCGCACGCGGCGAUACUGGCAAAAUGCUAAAGGCCAUUGCCGCAAUGCUAAUGUCCCCUAAGCAGCUGUCGGCACAGAUCAUUCAGUUGCCAGCUGUAUUGGCGGCUCUGCAAAACACUGUGGUGAGUGCUGCACUGAACAAGCCGACACGGCCGGACUUUCACAGCCAUGGCGUGCCGCAGAAUUCGCUGAUCGACGAGUUCCCUCUGCAAUUGGGCACCGUUGCGCCGCUCAUGCAACCUGCCAUGGCCUGCGAUGGUGUCUUUGUCUAUUUGCUGCAUGGGGGCGCGCUAUUGAAGAUCGGUACUGGAUUUGGUGGCUCCUACAAGGGUCACAUUUAUGCGCAGAACGAUGACUUCACUAAGGAACGCAGUGCCUGGUUGGGUUAUAGUGGUGGGCAACUUUAUUUUCGGCGCAACUCAAAACGCAAUGCGGAUCACUUGCAUUUGGUCGGCAUGGACACGUUGGCGGUGAAAGCCAUUAAUCCAGUCAAUAUGUUACCGAUACGCGAAGGCUUCAACUAUGUGCUCUUCACCGACGAUGACUCCCUACAUGCCAUCUGCACCAAUCGCGAUGACACGUUAGUGGUGAAGAAACUAAAUCUGUAUCAUAACAGCUACACAAGUGAACCCCCACCCUUUGAGCUGCCCCUGCAGUUGGCCCGCAAGAAGUUUCGCACUCUGGGCUAUGCCGCAUUCGAGGACGAGGUGCUAAAUCAAAAUCAAAUCCAGCGUAUCCAAUCCUCCCAUAAUAACUUCGAGCCAAAGUUACCCUGUCGCGAUGUCGAUGUCCUCGGCAUGGCAUGUGGUAAGGAGUUCGGUCUGGUGCGUGCUGGGAAUGGAAAGGUUUAUUUCUAUGGCAAGUCCGCCUCACUGGGCCUAAAGUCUGUCGGUCGAACGCCGACGCUGAAGCUGACAGAGCUCAUCAUUUCGAAGGCAGCGCACAUCGUGCACGUGGCUGUGGGUCACGAUGGCAUCCAUGCGCUGUUAGUCAACGAUGAUGGAACCGUUUAUUUUGCGGGCACAGCACGGCGUGGCGAGGAUGGAGACAGCUCAAAGAAUAGACGUCAGCCAAAGGCGGUGAAGCCGAAGAAAAUGACUAAAAUCGAUGGACAUGUCGUUGUGCAUGCGGCCUGCAACAAUGGCACAUCUGCUUUCGUUACUAAAACGGGCAAGCUCAUCAUGUUUGGCAAGGAUACGGCCCAUUGUGAUGCCAUGGGCUUUGUUAGUGACCUAAUUGAUCAGCAUGUGACCAAAGUGGCCCUGGGUAAGGCGCACUGUGUAACGCUGAAUGCCAAGGGACAACUCUAUACAUUCGGACUCAAUAAUAAAGGACAAUGCGGCCGAGUCUUUAACAAGGUGCUGAUGCCAACGACGACGACGACGGCGGCGACGACGAUUGCAAAAGAUAUGGCAGCUAGCAGCUCAGCAUAUGCCACCCUGUUGCCAUUAGCUCCGGCUGUUGGAUCAACUAGUGGCGUAGACAAGCGACCCAAGGUCGAUUUCUCAACGCUGUGCGACUAUGACGACCACAAUUUGGUGCAGGGGCAGUGCCGUGUCUGCGUUAUGUGCCGAGAGUGCACUGGCUACAAUGUCUCCUGUGUAUCAGCGUUAAAUGUACCGCUGGAGGAGCGGCUGGCGGGCAGCAUUUGCCCUUGUGGCCAUGGUGAUGCGGGCUGUGCCAAGUGCGGAUUGUGUGCCGCUUGCAUUGCGCUACAGGAGAGCGAGAACACCAAGCUGGAACUUAAGCCCCUGCCAAGCGAUCUCCACCGACAGCAACGCUCAAAAACGUUGAUUAUGCGUCGCAAGGAAAAGAAGCAGGGAUGUUGUCCGGAUUUAGACGCAAGCAGCACACCCACGGACUAUGAUAAGGAUCCACCACGGGUGGCACCUUUGGCACCACAGCUGCUUACCCUGCCCAGUAGCUCGCCGGUAGUUCAGGUUGCCUGCGGCUUACAUCACACAGUCGUGCUCACCCUGGCCGGUGAAGUGUUCACCUUCGGCAGCAACCAAUAUGGACAGCUGGGCACGGGCGACCUUCAACCUGUGAAUGGACCCGUAAAGGUGCAUGUCCAGGGUGCUAUUAGUCAAGUGGCUGCAGGCAGCAAUCACACAGUGCUAAUGACGCACAAGGGAAUGGUAUACACAUUUGGUAAUUAUCAGAAAGGCCAAUUAGGUCGACUACCAAGCGACUAUGGGCAGAAAGAACGCAGUGUAGGGCAGGAGGAGGAAGUCUCACAUAGGGCGAUGCCAUCUCCCAUACUGCCAAAGACGACGGCUGCAACACAGGAAACGGGAGUGCUGCCUGGAGGUAGCCGGGAAGCGCACCCACCAGCACAAUUGUCCGCUUCGGCAACAGCGGCCGCCAUUCUGGCGCAACGUCAAAAGUUCCUCUGGAAUUGUGCGCCGGGCCCAGUUUUCGGGUUGGGUCCCAACUAUGGCAAGAAGGUCACCUGGAUAGGUGCCAACGGGGAUCAAACAUUUAUAAAAAUCGACGAGUCGCUUAUUACCGCCCAAAUGCUGCCCAAGAUGCAUGUGGUCGCCAACAAAAAGACUAUACUGCUCAUACCCACCAUACCGUUGUCCUUCCACACGCUCUCCAUCAAUCGACGCGACGGCAGCUGCACCGCCCACUAUCGCAAUCAGGUGAAUUUUGUACAAACACAACCAGAGAUUAAUCAGAAUGUCGAUGUGGCCGCCAGUCCGCCUAUAUCCGAACUGGUCGCCUCUGCAUCAACAUCUGCUGGAGGCGGGGCUGGUAUGCCCAUCAAUGAGCAAAUGUCUCGCUCCAUGCACGAAGCACGCAAUCAGGUGUUCGAUCAGGAACAGUUUGAGGCAUCGCCAAUGGCAACGUCCCAGCAGCGACAGCGACGCGCACGCCAACGUCCGGAGCCCUGCGCUGGAAGUAGCGCAGGUCCUGCAUCGCCAGAAAAGCCACAACCACAAAUUGCCUUUGCCAUGGAUCCGAAUUACAAUGUUCUGUGGGUAUUCGAUGGCAUCGCACGCAAACUUCGCUGCCACAAUGUGGUAGCUAGCGAGAUCGUUGAGGGUGAUAUGAAUGCGCGCAAUUACAGGGCCUUGCUUUCCCCGGAACUUUCGCUUCCCAUUCAGUCAGAGGCACGCGUUUCACGCUCACAGGCAUCGCUUAAUCUGCUUGCCUGCCUGGACAUUCUCACGUCGGCGCAGGAAAAUAUUCCGGGCUGCUUUGAUGAGGUGCUGCCCAAGCAGCCUCAUCAGACCUUCGAGGCGCAGAGUAGCGAGUAUCAGGUGGUCAAUCGUUUUGACAAUUUUGGUGGCGGCUGGGGCUACUCCGGCCACAGUGUGGAGGCCAUCAGGUUUGCUGCCGAUACGGACAUUAUGAUUUGUGGUUUCGGCAUGUUCGGAGGCCGUGGCGAAUAUACGUGCAAGCUUAAACUAUAUGAUCUGGGCACCGAUGGUGGUGGAUACGAAAAAGAGGGCGUCUUGCUUAGUGAGACCAAAGAGGUGCCUUUUGAGUGCGCAGCGAGGAGUAGACACCACAUACUGUUGCCUAAGCCCAUCAAUGCGGCCGCCGGACGCUGGUACCUUGUGUGGGCGCGCAUUGCAGGACCCUCCUCGGACUGUGGCUCCUGCGGUCAAGCAUCGGUUACUACCGAGGAUCAGGUAGUUUUCUCGUUCAAAUCAUCAAAGAAGGCUAACAAUGGCACGGACGUGAACUCUGGCCAAAUACCAGCCAUUCUCUAUCGCCUGGUGACGCAGGAGUCCAAACAACCGCCCGCUCCGCUAGACGUGGAUCCUGUGCAACGCAUAUCUAAAGCAUUUGCCAACAGCGUCAGUCGGGAGUGCUUCGAAAGUCUAGUGGUGCUGCUUAGCUGGUCCUGGGAGACCUUCAAAGCCAAUCUGCGUGAGCAACGUGACAAAUCGCGACCGCUGCAAGUGCAGCAAUCCCUAGAGUAUCUGGGCUAUGUGAAUAAGUCCUGUUUGCGGCUGCUGCGCAAAUACACCAAUGAGAUCUAUCCACAGCGGGCUGCAACCGGAGCCGCCACGGGUCAGCCGGGCAUGAGUGCGGCGGCUUCAGCAGCCGCUGCAUCCAGCAUGGUAGCAGCGGCUAUUUCCAAACUUCCGCCCAAGCUAUCGGCCAACAAGCAGCAGCACGAUCCGGCAGCUAAAGAUAAAAAUGCAGCGCGAGUACUUAGCUCAGCUGCUAGCUCACUGCUGGCGAACAACGUAGCCAAGUAUUUUGGUGAUGCAGCCACGGCGGCAGCUACAGCAGCUACUAGCAACUCAUGCUCGACGGGCACGUCCAUUACGCGAAAGCCCAAUAUGGAGAACAUACAACUGGCCGAGUGUAUUGGCAAUGUGCGUGCCCUGCUCAUUGGCAUCUUUUGCGAUGAUAUUUUCAAGGAUAUUGCCACCGAUGAGGGCUUUGCUUUGGUGCUGGAAAUAUUGGAAGAGUGUCAUCUAAGCUUUGUGGCUUGUUUCGAUGCCUUUUACCCAACGUCUUCGCUGAAAUGGAACUGUCUAUGUGACUUACUUGCCCAGAUGGAUCGAGGUGCACUUCACUCGCGGCUCCUGAGCGCCAUACUCGCGGGUCUGUGCUCGCCGACAGUCAAACUGCGCGCCACUUUCUCGCUUUUGAGUGCCGGCAACGAGCGUCAGUCUAUUAUCAGUCCGAGUGACAACUCGGGUCUGCCAAUGUUGUCAUCUACAGAGGCCCAUCAAUAUCCUAUACUUGUGGAGCAGAUGAUUUAUCGCACACAGCAAGAGAAAAGCGACUUUCUAAGCAAUUCAUGGACAUUUAAGGAUGUACUGGUGCGUCUGCUUGAGAUCAUUGCCAGCCCCAUUCGUGCACGUAUCGAAACCAUUUACAAUCGAAGUGUUAGUGGCAGCUAUGCGGCCGCUUCUGUUGCUGGCAUUGGCAAGGAUACCAUUAAUCAGGGCCUCAUUGAUAACUGCUGUCAUUUGUUGGCCCGCGUGCUCGCCGAAAUUGUAUACCAGACAGCACUAGGAGAGUACGAUAAGAUGUUUCUGCCUCCACGCACCUUGCAUUCGACAGGCUCGCGUUUUGCACGCUGUGACCUAAGUCGGACAUGGAAUACGGGAAACUUUGGGCCGGAUGCCAUUGCCUUUUCGGUGGAUCGGCCGGGUAUUGCGAUUGCCGGCGCCAUGGUCUAUUCGGGAUCCGGCAGCUAUGAUUAUCAGCUGGAGCUGCUGUAUGACAACACCGCGGACCUACAGCCUCAACACAAAUGGGAAACGUUGGAAUCAGUGUCAGGCUCUUAUGACCAAGACGUUGUGCACAAUGAUCUCACAGAACUGAAGUUUGAGCACCCUGUACAUAUUAAGGAGAACGCUCGCUAUGCUCUUCGUCUAUGUUCCCAAGGUGCCCGCACCUGUUCUGGCGAUGCAGGUUUGCCCUCCGUGCGCGGUCCUUGUGGCGCCACUUUUCACUUUUAUGCCUGCGAUCUGAGUUUCAACGGCACGACGCCGGCACGGGGACAGCUUCCAUGCAUUCUUUACUACAGCACGCCCAUCAGGCAAGAGGCUAAUGGCAGCAAUGGCGGUGGGGGUGCCAUACCCGGAGAUAUGUCCAGUGGCCUGGGAACCCAAGCCGCCAGUGAGGUGUCCACCCGCGAUACGGCGCUCCAAAUUGCGGCCGAUAUUACCAAAAAGUGCACUGAGCUACUUAUUUUGGCACGCAAUGCCAUGGCUGCAUCCUUCUCCCCGUCGGACAACUCAUCAAAUCAUACGCAGACCAUUGACUCGGAGCACAACAUCACGCCUAUCGAGGAGCAUAUGGACAUCAAUUGGGCAAACAAUUCACGCACGGCGGCUCUCCCCGUUGAUCCAAAUUUGUCUACAGCGCGGGACCUGAGCAAGCGCAUUGAAUCCUUCUCGAAGGGCAUCAUUGAGACACUCAAAUUUGAUAAGCGCUCCACAAAUCCGUUCGAAAUGGAAAUCGAAAUCGGCGCCACUGAAAUUGGCGUUGAGGAAACGGCCGAUCUUAAUUUUCGAAACGGCCAAAUGGCCAAACUUAAUGGCAACGAGCGUGCUGAGGACGAAGUUGUCGAGGAAUUUGUCCACGCACACCCAGCCCAUCAGCAGGCCCUGCUCGUGCAAUCGGAUUCGGAGGAGGCACCAGCCAGUGCGCAUGUGGCUGCCGUUCAACUGUUGGAGGUGUUCAACCUGGCUGCCUCCAAUAUGUUUCACACCUUGUUGCCGCUCGUCUAUGCGCACAUUGCCAACCUGGCCUGUUCUGAUCCCAAGAGCUCUGUCCAAAUACUUGGGCUGAUCAAAGAUAUUCUACCGCACAUUGCGGCACUCAAUCAGAUGUGCGUGUCGAAGGAGCAGAGGCCUGUGUUAUCCGCAGCGCCACUGCAGGCACCGUCGUUGUCCUUGCGACCUGACGCCUCGGGUUCCCCAUCACAGUCAACCACAACAAGCAACCACUACUGCGUGGUGGAGAGCGAACAUCCGUAUCGCAGUGCCAGCAUUAGUUGCUACCGUGUUGAGUUCCCGCCCUGUGUCCAGUGGCUGACUAUUGAGUUCGAUGCCCAGUGCGGCACAGCACAAUUGGAGGACUAUUUGCUGCUCUCCAUACCCCUCAGACCGACAGCGCCAGAGCCUUGCCAAUCGAGCGAUGACUACUACGACAUGCUCGACAAUAAUUUGGGCCCGACGAGGCGUACGGCUGGCAGCAACUGCCGGAACGCCCAGGUGCUCAUGAGCAGCUGUUAUAAGACUUCCGAUAACACCACGGCAACGACAUCAUCACUACCUGCACAAGAUGCUCUGGAUCGGGAUUGGAUUGUCGUGAAAAAGUUCAACACUGCUUCCAAUUGGCUGCAGAACGUUCUCAUUUUGCCCGGAAACUGUGUAGAGUUCUCACUCGAGACCGCAUCGCUUUAUGCACAGGAUCCCCACAACAAUCGCUAUGGUUUCAAGUGCCUCGUAGUGGGCUACGACAAUCCCACAACUGUUAAUGCCAGCAACUCGUGCCUGAUACGUCUAGAACAGGAACUGGCCUAUUUGGGCGGCAUGUGCAGCGCCAAUCUCAUGAAGAAGGACUUAAAUUUACCAGAUGACAAGGAUAUUGAUGAUCUGAGUGGUAUUGAGGAGACAAUUAGCGCUCACCAUGUUCUGCUCUCUAAGGGCUUUGCGCUGUCCGAACCCACCCUCACUGUACAUCAGGCAUUGGAAUCAUAUCUGCCCAUAGGCUCUCAGUCCAAUGAGCGUCAAUUUCUCAAAGAUUUCGUUAGCGGCGCUCCGGGUUCGUCGGGUGCACGAUUGGCUGCCUGGCUUCAGCCUGAAUCACGAUUGGAUCCGAACAAGUGCGAGCUCAAUACUAUUACCGAACCAUUGCGCUAUGGAUGGCCCACUCAGGUGACGGUCACGAUACGCGAUCAAUAUGGCGAUGCGGUCCUGGUUCCGGAGCUUAAGGUCGAGAUAAAAGCUAUACCAACUGGCCCCAGCGGCAAUGGGAAUAUGAAAAUGCGACGGGUUUCAUGCGCGGACGGUGUCAGUGCUGGUGGCCAUCUUGGCGGCGGUGUGGUGCCACCACCACGUUUAAACUACGAGCCAACCACCAAAGAGAAGAUGUGCUUCAAGGCCAUCACCUUCAUGAAGCCCUACACGAAUUACUCAUUUGAGGAGCUGCGCUACAGCAGUCCCGUCCAGACGCGCACCACCGAAGCGCUAUAUGCUCAGGACAUGGAGGAUGGCACAUUCAGCGUCCACUGGACUCCCAAUUCGGUUGGUGGCUACUGCCUUGCAGUGACCAUCGAUGGCAUACCUCUAGAGGAGGUGUAUCGUGUCGAGGUAAAGGAGGGUGUGCUGCCACCACCAGCGCACCGUUGCAGUGCAGCCAAGCGCCCGCAGCCACCGAACAAGCUGCGAAAAUUUCAGGCAAGGCAUAGCGCCGGCUUGCGCAUACGAUCACAUCCAACGCUGCAGUCCGAACAGGUGGGCGUAGUACGGCUGAGUGGAGUCAUUUCAUUCAUCGAUGAAAUCGAGAACGAUGAUGGCAUCUGGCUGCGUCUGUCCACCGAGUCUAUACGCCAGCACUGUACUAUGGGCUGGUACCCGACAGAGGCCUGGUGUCUGCAGUUUAAUCAACAUUUGGCUAAGACGUUGUUGCAUCCGGUCACAGAUGCCAGCGCACCCACCAUUCCGUCGGCGCUGGCACCCGGCACUAAAGUGCGCCACAAGGCAUUGCCAGAUAGUGGCGGUGUGGAAACGCCACCAGCAAUUGGCUCCACCAGUUCCAGUCCCAAUGGCAGUGAGUCACCGUCCAAGCCAAAAUCUGCCUCGCCAAGCAAAAAGAUUUUCGACUUUACACACGGAAGUGGCACCCCUGGCAGUGGAGCUACCGCACGCCAUACAGCUGUCAAAUCAUCCGACAGCACCUCGACAAAUCCGUUCCUGCUUCCAUCCAAGUCUACGGAGCUGCUUUCUGAUGAGUCGCCGGCGACAAUAGCAGUAGCAGCACCUCCAGUACCGGUAGCGGCUACGGCACCCCCAACGCCGCCGUUGCACGGUGAGCUUCUGCACACGCUUCAGCACACCAGCCCCGCCAACCUGGGGUCAGCGAUCGCGGGCGUGGUGGGAGGCGGUGCCAUCAAGCUGCAGGCAUUGCAGAAGUGGUUUAAAGGCGAUGCCAUCGAAGGUGGACAUCCGGCGUCAAUUACGGCAGCGACGAUGGCUCUAGGAUCGCCGCAACAUCACCAGCAUCAACGCAAGCGCUCCGAUGUGGGUGAGCUGGCUUCGGUUUCAGUGCGCGAAUUGGUGCGUGCAAUGGGUGGGCAGGAACAGGUACAAGCACCACCGCCCCUGCAGCCGCGCGGCAAUGGCAACAAUCGGUGCAGUCCACUACCAGCAGCCGAUAUCACUGAUGUUACACCCGCCGAACCCGAAUUUGACAUUUCCUCCAUACGGAAGACCAAUUAUUCAGCCAGCCAGACGGCCGCCUUGCUCUCCACACCUAAACAUUCGCCACGGCGAGCACCGCUACGACUUGGCAACUCACCACCGCCACCACCGUUAGAGGUGGACAUGCCACAACUUGAAGAUGAGUUGGGUCUGCUGCAGAUUACAACCACAACGACAGCGGCCAGCGAACAAAGUGAACUAUAUUUGAGUGAGGUGCCGAAGACGGCGGCCACAACAAGCGGCGGCAGCACCACCACAAACACCACUGGCAGUGCCAGUGCAGACACGGUUGGUCCGCCUGUUUGGCCAGUUCCCAACAAGCGUACCGGAGGAACAAUGGGACCAAUCAAGCGUGCCAUGCCUCCUUCCUUUGCCGAGAGUAUACGAGCAGUCUUUGCCGCUUUUCUCUGGCACGAGGGUGUCGUUCAUGAUGCCAUGGCCUGCGCCAGCUUUCUUAAAUUCCAUCCCAGCCUACCCAAGGAGGGCGCCACUGUGGUGACGCGUCGCGAUGCCGGCGAUGCACGUCUCCAGCUGUCGCGAGAGCAGAAGGCUCAGCAACGCCACUCCGUGGAGGUGGCCAAUGCAGGUCAUUAUCUGAACAUACGACCCUCGACGCUAGAAACAUUAACCAAGAGUGGAAACUCGUCGCUGCACAAUCGCAGCAAGCACCGGAAGAAUCUACAAUCGGAGGACGCGGACAAACAGAAGCUGCAUGCCUUGCCUGAGGUGGUAACAGUGCUGCCACCGGCAUUGCGUUGCCUUGUCUAUUUGUGGGAGCAAAUCUGUGCGAACUGUGUGCAGAUUGUGCAGUCCAAUACACUGGAGCGGGAGCGCUUGUUGUCGCCAACAGCGCGUGACUCAUGCGCCGAUGCCAAAGAGAGCAAAGAGACUGUUGGGCUUGGCGCGGACAAGGAGCUGGGAAAGAAGUCGAAACGCAAAAAGAAAGACGAUGGCUCCUGGUGUGAAAUUUGCGAGGUAUUCCUGCCCAUACCGGUGACCUAUCACAUGCGCAUUGCCCAUCCCGGCUGCGGAAAGUCGGCUAAGGGCAAGGGAUACAACUCAGUGGGCAUCUUCUGCGAAGGCUGGGCUGGCAAUUGUGGGGAAGGUGGAAAAGGCGCCUCUAGUUGGUUUCUCAUGUGCGACGCCUGUCGCGAGAAGUACCUGGCCACCAAUAAGAACACGAAUAAUGUAAAUAGUGCCCCGCACGUAACAAAUAGCGUAGGUAACGAGUUGAAUUUGUUUGGUGUGAAGACGACCACAUUGAUUGCCAAUUCCGAGGUCUAUACCACAAUGCGUGAGAAUGCGACCUUCUUACUGGAGCUCUGUUCCAGCGUGUCGAGUCUGCCCAGUGCGCCGCCAGCUGCCGAUUCAAAACGAUCGCCAAAACAGCCAAUGCCAAUGCCUGUGGUUAUUGAACACCAACACUUCACCGUUGCCGAUCUGAACAAGCCGAGCACCAGUCGUGCGGACUCUACGCGCAACAGUCGCAUCGGCAAUGCACUGCGUAUGAGUGGAAAGUUCGGUGGUGGUGUCAGCGGCACUCCCUUCCGAAAAAGCUUCACUGGGACAUCAGCUACAGUGAUGGGAUCGCCGGACAAUAUGUGGCUGGCACCCGACAGCUUUGCCUGUCUGGAGUGCUUGGGCACAACCGCGCACGAGGAUCUUCCAUAUGAAAUGUUCGGUCUGAGCGCCAAUGAGCAGGGAUACGAUCGGCCUUUGUCGGAGAUAUCCUAUGAAUCCUGCGAUCCUAACAACUAUGAACUGAUGUCGGGCUCCAUGGCCAAUGCACAGGCGGCUUCAAGUGCCACAUCAGGCACACUGUCCAAGUUUCAUCGCAGCUAUUCCAUGGGUCAGGGAUGGUCAAUGACACAGCAACAGCAGCCUGCUAUUAUGGGCUAUAAGGGUGGCAGUGGCGGUGGAUGCGUUGGUGCGAGUGGCGUUGCGGUUGGGACUUGUGUGGGCACCGAGGAUCCCACCCAACCAAAAGUUAUAUUUCGGCGCCGGAACAACUCCACCAGUGAGGGUGAUGGUUCGCUGUUGAUCUGUUAUCCCUCGGAACACUUGCGUAGACUCGUGCCGGAGAAAAUUUUGGCCAGUGCAGUAGUACAGUCAGCGACGCAGCGUAUAGCCGCCGAGUCAUGUUCAUUGGAAGUGCAACGCCGUGGCAAUGCCAAUGAUAAGCAGCAGCAACAGCAGCAGCACCACCACCAGAAAAAUGUGACAAUGAGUGGCUUUGAACAGCCAGGUGGGACGAAGGAGCAGAAGGUGCCUCCACUACCGCCACCUCUCAGUCCGGGUGUCACAGCUGCAACGUCAGAGCUGAACCAAGCUCAGCUUAACGCGUUGCUAAGCCGCCCUGCGAUGGCGUUCAUCACGCAAAAGCACGAUCUGGACAAACUGCGCUAUGCAAUGAAGCGGAGCUUACGCAUCGCAGCCUGUCGCAUAUUUUCCCUGCAGGCUCUUAACUGGUUGCUGCGCUCCGUAACGCAGUGCGUUUGCUUGCACGAUCUUAUGUGGUGGUUUGUCAGCUCUUUGUCGCUCACCUCUGUCGAGCUGAUCGACGGCAAGUACGAAGAAGUAGAACCAGCCCUGGAACAUCCCGUCUCUUAUACACAAAUUAGCGGACGUUUUGCGCAUCUCAUUACUCAGUCACUUCACGUAUUACUGCAGUCGGUGGCGGAUCUUACGCUGCACCUACCACUCGGAUCGCCGCUGCAACGUGUGGCUAUUCAGUGUUUCGGCAUUCGGUUUCGUCAGGCCGAUCAUCAGUUUUUGCACAGCUCGCAUGUUUUCGGGAACAUCUCGAAAAUUCUGUCAAAGUCCGAUGAGCAGAACGAUGCCAUGGCUGUUUCCACGCUGAUUGGUGGUUCUGGAGGUGUCGCCCUCAAUGUGGGAGAGGCGCACUGCGAUGCAGAGCAAAAUUUUGCUACCAAUGUGGUGCCGACAUCGGGGUCGAUCGGGGCCGGUGGUGCAGGCGCCAAGGUGCUCUCUUAUACAGACCUUAGCGGAAUGUUUGAGGUGACUGUCUCUUCGCGUCCAGCCAUGGCCGAGUCAUUGACAGAUAAUUCAACGGAAACGUUUUGGGAGAGUGAUGAGGAGGAUCGAAACAAGUGCAAGAUCAUUGAAAUCUCGAUGAGUAAGCUUAAUUAUGCUUGCAAAUUCGUGCUCGUGCACAUUGACAACAGUCGCGACAUACAAAACAAAGUCCUCAAUGUUGUCUUUUAUGCGGGCCAAUCGUUGGGGGACACCAAUCUCAUUAAGUCGGUGGAUGUGGACCAGAAGGCCUGUUCCUGGAUAUCAGCCAAAAUCAAUGACGAGAGCUGCACCCACUUUCGCCUGGAGUUCCAUGGACCCGAGAACACAUUGCGCGUUCGUCAAAUUAAAUUGCUUGGGUUCCCUAGCUCGUUGAGUGCCGCUGGCUACUCCUGCGACGAUCAAGCGGGCGAGCAUCCGGGCAUGCCCACGCACAAGCACAACUUGAAACUGGCCCAUGCGACACGAAUCCAGCAACAGAUCUGCGAAUCCGAAACCCUGCGCGUAUUUCGCCUUAUCACCGGCCAGGUCUUUGGCAAGCUGAUCAGCAAUGUGAGCAAUGACACAUCGCAUCGAUUGUCUGCGAGCGGAACCUCCCUCCUCGCGGACUCCCUUGAUCUGCGUGAGCACAUGGUGGGAAUUUUGUUUUCACGCAGCAAACUGUCGCAUCUACAGAAACAAGUGAUCGUACAUAUUGUGCACGCGAUUAAGAAAGAAGCGCUGCGAGCCAAGGAGGACUGGGAUCUGGUUAACUUGGCGCACUUGACGCAUGCCUUUAAGGAGCCCCCGGAAAGUCAAGCGGGCGUGGCGAGUCAAACGGGCAACGGUGAGGGCAAGAGCGAGAGUAGCUCUUCGGAGCGUUAUCGUGCGCCGGAUACCUACUGCUUCGAGAUGCUCAGCAUGGUGCUAGCGUUGUCCGGGAGCGUGGUGGGACGGUCCUAUUUAUCGCACCAGCAUGGUCUGCUCAAGGACUUACUAAGUCUGCUGCACACCGGCAGUGAUCGCGUGCAACGUCAAGUGACAGCCCUACUACGUCGCAUUUUGCCAGAAAUAUCACCGGAGAGCUUUGCUGAGCUACUGGGCGUGCAACGCUUGCCACCGGCGGACUACAAUAUUGCACAUCAGAAUGCCAGCGACUUUGAUAUGAAUCGCUUGGGUCUGCUGGAUAUAUUCCUCUCUGUCAUUGCCAAGUCUCUGCAGCUGCAGGUGAAAGUGAAAACGUCAGCCAAACCUAAUCUUGAAAAGUCGCCAGCCUUUGUACGGCUCUGCAGCUCAUUAGACCUAAGCGUGCAUCUUCUACGGCCUCGACCGCCAACGGCCCCACUGGAACACCUGCCCUGCGAAUCCAGGGAUCCAUUUCGCUUUGAUGCCCCACAAGGCAGUAAUGCGCCUUUAAACUACAAUAACACUCUAAAAGCGGCACCGAAAAAGGAGUCCAAAAAGAAUCUCAAUCAACGUUGGUUCCUCAACGGCAUAAUAUCUACAAAGCAAGCGGAGAGCAUCAUUGCUCUUAUUCGCGAUCUUGCAAGCGGCAAGCUGAGCGAGAAAUGGUCCCAAAUCACCAAGGCGGCCAUUGCCGAGUCCGUGCUUAAUUUGACCCGUUUGGAUGAGGUUUUUCGUACGCCCGAGCAUUGCACGAAAACAGCCACGCUGUGGCUGGCGCUGGCUAGUUUGUGCGUCCUCGAACGGGAUCAUGUGGAAAAGCUCUCCUCUGGCCAGUGGUCUAAGGUGUCCGACACAAGGCCGAUGUGCAGCAACCAUGACGAUGGCGAGACAGCAGCCAUCAUCCAGUGCGAAACGUGCGGCUCGCUAUGUGGAGAUUGUGAUCGUUUCUUACAUCUCAAUCGCAAGACGCGGACGCAUAAGCGUACGGUGUGUAAAGAGGAAGAAGAGGCCAUACGCGUGGAGCUGCAUGAGUCGUGCGGACGCACCAAGCUCUUCUGGCUGCUCGCCUUGGCCGACUCCAAGACGCUCAAGGCAAUGGUGGAGUUUCGGGAUGGUAGUCACACGAUUAUCUCAGGACCCCAGGAGGCAGUGGGCCGCUGUCGUUUUUGUGGCAUCACUGGCAACUCGGGUCUGCUGGAAAUCGGCAAUGUGUGUGCCGAUGCACAGUGCCAGGACUAUGCAGCCAGUUCAUGCCUAAAGACGAAACCCUGUGGCCAUGCCUGCGGCGGAGUUGUUGGUGAAAAGAAGUGCCUCCCUUGUUUGCAGCAUGUGUGUCAUGCACGUGAGAACGAGCUAGCCGAGGAGCUACGCGAUCCCAAGCUGACACAAGAUGCGGAUGAUAUGUGCAUGAUAUGCUUUGUCGAGGCACUAUCAUGUGCACCUUCAAUACACCUGGAAUGCGGUCAUGUCUUUCACUUUCACUGCUCUAAGGCGGUGCUGGAGAAACGCUGGAGCGGACCCCGCAUCACUUUCGGCUUCUCAUUGUGUCCCAUUUGCAAGGCGGAUAUACAGCAUCCGUUGCUCGGCGACAUUCUGGAGCCCAUCAACGGACUUAAGCAGGAUGUUAAGCGCAAGGCACUGAUGCGCAUCAAGUACGAGGGCGUGGUGAAGGACACGGACAGCAAGGAUGUCACACAACUGGCCAUGGACCGCUAUGCCUACUAUGUGUGCUUCAAGUGCCAGAAGGCAUACUACGGUGGCGAGGCGCGUUGCGAUGCCGAAAUCGGCGAAAAGUUCGAUCCGGAGGAGCUUGUUUGCGGCGGAUGCUCGGAUGUGGCGCGCGCCCAAAUGUGCCCGAAGCAUGGCACCGACUUUCUGGAGUACAAGUGUCGCUACUGUUGCUCCGUAGCCGUGUUUUUCUGCUUUGGGACAACGCAUUUCUGUGACACUUGCCACGAUGACUUCCAGCGCCUGACAAACAUACCGAAAAACAAAUUACCACAGUGUCCGGCAGGGCCCAAGGCCAAGCAGCUACUGGGCGAUGAGUGCCCGCUCCAUGUGAUGCAUCCGCCCACUGGAGAGGAGUUUGCGCUGGGCUGUGGCGUCUGUCGUAAUGCGCAAACGUUUUAGCAUGAUGUGGCUUCGACACCGUUGCCAUUUCUCGAUCAGCUAAACCUUUUUGAUGUGGAGGCCCAGCGCAGUGCUGCCGACGGCAUCGAUCUAGUCUACGAAGAUCUUAACGCUGCGCUGAAGGACGAGUGUGGCUUGGACUAUGACAAUUACUAGUUCACGCCACACACCCACACACACACACACCCACACACUCACGCACUCAGAUCUACGGGAGUGUUCCAAUGUCACAUAUUCGAAUAAUUGAAUUGACAAUUACGCGAGUAUUGAUUUAAAAACUGCAUUCUAAUUAAACACAUUUUAGCAAUUCCGACAAAUUCUAAUUUCCGAUCUGGGAACACCUCCAACAGAUUCAAACACCUAGACACAUUUGCAUAGAAAGCUAACUUAGGUAUAGCAAUAGUAUGUUUUUUCUUCUCUCCUCAUUUGUCAAUCAAAAGUUGCAAUUUUAGCUAAUAAUUGAUUUAUUCUACAUAUUUUUUUAAACCUGAUUGUAUGUAUGUAUUUGUACAUGUUCACAUAUAUACGAGUAUAGAGAGAGCGGUUAUACAUAGAGCAAGAACAAUUGGACAAUGUAUAGAACAAAACGUUAAAGUGCGAAUUGAUAUGUUUAAGGCAGCAGAUAAAUAAAUGAAUGAAACAAAAUUAAAAUAUUUAACAACUAUUUAUACGCGAUAUUAUUAUUUGAAAUGCUCGUAAACAUAUAACAACAUAAAAUCAAAUUGUAUUAUUAUUUAUAUU